AUGUCUGCGUUAGACAGUAAGUAUCUUUUUAUAAGCCAUAAUCUUUACUUUGUAGACCAUUUGUUCAACCUCAAAUUCGCUGCAAAAGAACUACAACGUAAUUCCAAGAGAUGUGAUAAACAAGAAAAAGAAGAGAAGGAGAAAGUUACGGCAGCUUUAAAGGUAACUAUUCUUAACUUUCGACGUAUUUAAAUUUAGAAAGGCAACCGUGAAGUCGCUCAAGUUCAUGCAGAAAACGCCAUCAGAAAGAAGAAUGAGUCAUUGAAUUAUCUCAGGAUGAGCGCUCGGAUUGAUGCAGUGGCAGCUAGAGUACAAGUAAGUCUAAUUGGAAGUUUUAAUAAUAUUUUUAGACCGCAGCGACCCAAAAACGGGUUACACAAAGCAUGUCAGGAGUAGUAAAGUCAAUGGAAUCGGCCUUGAAGUCGAUGAACUUGGAGAAGGUCCAGAACUUGAUGGAUCGCUUUGAAAAGGACUUUGAAGAUCUGGAUGUCCAGUCUGCUACGAUGGAAGGAUCCAUGAGCGCUACAACCACGCUAAAUGCUCCACAACAUCAAGUGGAAGCUUUGAUUCAAGAAGCGGCAGACAAAGCUGGGUAUGUUGUUAAUCUUCAUAUUGCUUUUUCUAUAACCUUAUCUCGAUUGUUAGAAUUUUUUACAGUAUAGUUCAAAAUAUAUUUCCUAUUUGCAGCCUUGAAAUUGGACAAGAACUUCCACAAGCCGACACAUCAAGCAUUGGAACUAAAGCUUCGACGGCCGUUGGAGAAAACGACGAACUUUCGAAAAGGCUCGCAGCUUUGCGACAAAGUUAA